AUGAUAUGGCGAAGGUUAACACAAUAUUUUCAUAUUUUAGGUCAGAAAUCAGAUACUAACAUAAAUACAUUGGACAAUGAUCCUGCCAAACUAUGUUUACUGAAGAAUCCAAAUUAUGAAUUAAUUACCAAAAUAUUAGAAAUAAGUCCAUCACAACCUACUGCUAACUCUCUUAAUAAAAAACAAUUUCCAAUAAAUAAAAAUAGUAGAAGAUUUCAUUCUGAAUGGUACAAAAAAAUUCUUCCAGAUGGAAAAAGUGUUGAAAAUAGAAAUUGA